AUGCCCGAGAUGAGCUGCUUCUGCGACAAGGCCAACAUCCUCAAGGCCUGGGAGCUCAUCCGCCACUGCAUCUGGUGGAAAUGCCCCGGCUACAAGCUGGCCUGGGCCGAGGCGGGCAUCGUCUCCUUUUGCAAGGAGGCCCCCGUCUUCACCGGACCAUCCAACUGCACCGGGUGGAACAGGACCAGCCGCAAGAUCAUCACACAACCCCACGAGUCGCGUCCUACCGUUGUCGAUUAG